UAAUUCAAUUUUCAACACUAUAAAUUUAGCAAAUUUAGCAAAAGGAUAGAUUUGGAGAAAAGAUGACGCUGAAAUUAUACGUAGAUCGUAUGUCCCAACCUUCUCGUGCACUUCUCAUCUUCUGCAAGUUAAAUGGGAUAGACUUUGAGGAGAUCUACAUAAACCUCUCCAAACGCCAGCACUUGUCUCCUGAAUUUAAAGAAGUUAACCCCAUGAAGCAAGUACCAGCUAUAAUGGAUGGAAGAUUUAAGCUUUUUGAAAGUCAUGCAAUUCUUAGAUAUCUGGCUUGUGCAUUUCCAGGAGUUGCAGAUCAUUGGUACCCAGCUGACUUAUACAAAAGAGCAAAGGUCGACUCUGUGUUGGAUUGGCAUCACUCUAACUUGCGUCGUGGUGCAGCUGUAUAUGUCUUUAGUACUGUUUUUGCUCCUGCAUUUGGGUUGCCUUUGAAUCAACAAGCAGCAGCAGAAGCUGAGAAAGUCCUUUUGGCAUCUCUUGCGAAGAUCGAGUCUGUUUGGCUCCAGAAAAAAGGACGGUUUUUGCUUGGGAGUGGCCAACCUUCAAUUGCAGAUCUUAGCUUAGUGUGUGAGAUUAUGCAACUUGAGGUUCUUGAUUCGAAGGACCGUGAGCGGAUAAUAGGCCCAUACAACAGAGUUUUGAAGUGGAUUGAUGACACAAAGAAUGCCAUGGAACCUCAUUUCCAAGAGGUACAUUUAAUCCUCUUCAAAGCUAAAGAGAAGCUCCAAAAGCAAAGAGAUGCUGUAGGAAGUAGCAUUCCUCAAUCGAGCAGAAAACUUGACUUGCAUUCGAAGAUGUGAGAUAGCAAUUAGGAGCCAGGUGCUGCAUUGUGUUCGCAGAAUCACUGUGCACCAUGGCGGAUAACGGGAUAAAUAUUUGCUGAACAGCGUGUAUGUGAAAGCUGAUACAGGAAGGAGAUUUCUGAUCCAAGCUUUUCUGAUUCAUUAUCUUUAUGUAUAUGUACUUGUAAAAUAAGUGUACAAUGUGAUAA